UUUUCUUUGUGUUCUCUUACAGCACUGUGCACUGGAAAUGGUGCAGAAGCCUUGCAGCUUCAGCCCAGCCUGGGAGCCCCAGGAAGAACAGUGUCAGGAGAUGUGGGAGGAAGGCCACUGCUACUUUGUUCUAGAUGGCCUUCUGGAUACUGUGAUCCGCAGCGGAGAUAACAUCCGAUGUGGCCGUACAGGCGCUGUGAUUUCUUUCUCUCCGUGUAUGCACCGGCGCAGCCCGUCUGAAUGUGAGCGUGGAGGCCGGCUGAGGGGGAAAAGGCAGCUCUUCUGCAGGAUCCGCUCUGCGCGGCGUCGGAGGGUGGCAGCUUGGUGCCUGUGAGUUUUCCUUUCCGCUCCUCAGGAGCUGAGGGAGCUGCUCUCUGACGAUGAUGAAAACUGAGGGCAAAGGGGAAAGGACUUUAAGAAGUGCUUCUCCACACCGAAAUGCCUACAAAUCUGACUUCCACGCUAUCAAAUGCUCUUUUGAUGGAGUGAACAGUCCUGAAAACGUUUCCAACAAAACGGGCUUGCAGCAGAAGCUGAGCACCUCUUCUAAUGGAGGGGGAAAUGACCCGCACAGUCGAGGUAGAGCUGCCACUUAUGGCAAUAGAGUUCACAAGAUCAAAAGUAUGUUUCUGCAAAUGGGAGGCUCCGCUUCCACACCCUCUUGUGAAAGUAGUCCACCUGCUGAGACCAAAUUAAUCAGUCGGGCCACAGUAGCAGAACAUGGGCCUUCUCCAGGUAGCACAUCUUUCCUCAUUAUCCAAAAGAACAAUCUUCUUAAUACAAAUACUGGCCCCAGCAGCAGUCCUGUGGAUUCGUCAUCUGUGACUUCUACUGCUGAUAAGAUCAUACGUAGCAACGAUGAGGCAGAUUUGGAUAAAGUUGCCCUGGCAGAAAAGUUUUCGGAGACCAGGAAGCUGUUCGAGAGAAAUAUAAAACAACGAAGUUCUGUGGACAGAUAUUCUCCCAGCAAAUGUGAAAGAAGUGAAGAUAAGAGGAGACAUGGUUCAGCUUCUGAUUGUAGCAGUGUGGUAGACCACUUCAAUUUUAAUACAGAUGUGAGUCCUUCAGUUGCACUGGAUAAGGUUGAAAAUCAUGGUAGUGAGCUGAAGCAGCAGCAUCCCAAUAAUGGUUCCAAAACCUCCAUCUUGAAUGCUGGGCCCAUUUCUAGGAGGCUGGAAAGCUUUCUGGGUGACAGUGAUACUGAAGAUUCCAAAGAAAUUUCCAAAAGUGAUGACCUGAAUCAGGGCCCUUUGAAAAGCCACUGCAGUUCGGAUUCAUCUACUACUGCUGAAAGAAGUCCAGAGAAGAUUGCCUCCACCAAAGUGCCUGUGAUAGACAGAGGUGGGCAGAGUGAAGUGUUUGAAAAAGACAAGAGAGAGAAAGCCGUGCUGGAGAGAAGCCUACAGGAUAUGAGCAGUAUAUCCUGUCAGGAGGCAAAGUGGAGAACAGAGACUAUUCUUUCCCAGGUUUCCCCUGUUGAGGAGACUUGUGUGGAGCUGUCUGUGCAAGAUGAAACCUCAGGGCAUGGAAAAGAGGGUUUGGAUAAAGGUCAUGUUGUUAAUGAGGAUCAACCACUCAAAUAUCAAAUACAAGAAGGGAAAAGGAGCAGCUAUUCCUUGGAUUUAGUAGAAGAGUUUACAGAAAGAAACGGAACCAAUCAGGAAGAAGUGAGAGAUGGGAUGUCUGUUAAAGAUGGUCCAGUUCAGGAUGUUCUACAGCAAGAGGGGGAUACUGGAGAAGAGGAGCAAGUAGUAGAAAAGCAGAGAGAUGGCUUCUGUACUUUUGGAAUAGAAAAUGCAGCUUUUGAUGAUUAUAGGGAUACAGAGAGCCAGGACCCUGAAGGCAACGAAAUUUUGGAGGAAGAGGAGGAAUAUAUGUAUGACAGUGAGUACGAGGAGUUUCCUGGACUUUCUGAAGAGGAAGAUCCUGUGCCAGACCGAAAAGUCAAGUUCUCUACAGCUCCUAUUAAGGUUUUCAGUACUUACUCAAAUGAAGAUUAUGAUAGACGUAACGAAGAAGUUGACCCUGUGGCAGCCUCAGCUGAAUAUGAACUUGAGAAAAGGGUGGAGAAAAUGGAAGUAUUUCCUGUGGAAAUUGAAAAAGGUGACAGCGGUCUGGGCAUCAGUAUUAUUGGAAUGGGAGUCGGUGCUGAUCAGGGGCUGGAAAAACUGGGCAUUUUUGUAAAAACAAUAACAGAUGGUGGAGCUGCUCAGAGAGAUGGACGAAUUCAAGUAAAUGAUCAGAUUGUGGAAGUCGAUGGCAUAAGUCUAGUGGGAGUUACUCAGUUCUUUGCAGCCACUGUACUCAAAAAUACCAAAGGCACAGUGAGGUUUCUGAUUGGCAGAGAGAAGCCAGGGACUCAGAGUGAAGUAGCCCGCCUCAUUAGUGAGACUUUAGAGCAGGAGAGAUGUCUGUAUGAGCAGCACUAUGUUCAUGAUGAUACAGAGCAGGAUGAUGAGUGUGAUGAUGAUGAUGAUACAUAUGAAUCACAUUUACAUGAAAAAUCUGUGGAAGUUUUUGAUCUUCCUGAAAACGAAGAUAUCAGUUUACCACUGGAUAUGGAUUCAGCACAAUCUCUUCUUAAAUUUAAAGAGCUGCAGUUAAAACAUGCAGUAACAGUAGCUGAAGUGAAUCAACUGAAGGAGAAGUUAGAAGUUGUUGAAGCAGAAAAAAGUGAAUGGAAAUUAAAUAAAGCCCAACUUCAGCAAAACUUAGAGGAAAGCAAGGAGAAAAUUAAGAAGUUGGAGACCUACUGGUUAGAAGCACAGAGUUUGUGCAAAACAGUAAAUGAGCAUCUUAAAGAAACUCAAGAACAAUGUGAUGCCCUUGAAAAGAAAUACAACAAGGCCAAGAAACUGCUCAAGGAUUACCAACAAAAGGAAAUAGAAUUUCUGAAAAAAGAGGAGGAUCAUUUAAGGGUACUUGAAGAGAGAGACCAGAAAUAUGCAGAACAGCUGAAAGUGUAUCAGGAAAAGAUUUCAGAGCUUGAAAACAAACUAAUAGUUUAUGAGAAGAUGCCAUAUCUGUUUGGAAGUGGGAGUUUAUUGGAAGACAGUUGUCAAAAUCCAAACCAGCAUAAUGAGCAGUCAAAGAUGAGAGAAGAGAGUGAAAAAGAAACAGAAUCAGUAAAGGAAAGAGUAAAUUCUUCAGAGAUGUUGAUUUCUGAUUUUGAUGCUUUUGUUGGGGAUACUCCCAGAUUAGACACCAGUGCCCACAAAGCAAAAGCUCAGCUUGCUUUGAAAGUAAAACGCCAGCCACCUUCUCGAUCCAAGCUGAAAGAAACUCUUGGGGCUGGACAACAGACUGCGAGUCUACAGGAUGAGGAUUCAGAAGAUGUUGUUCUCAGCAGAGAAGUUUCUACUCUAUGUCUAACGAAGAUCUCAGAAAUAAGUGAAAAAUUAACUCUGCCUCAUUUGGAUGACGUAGAGCGAAAGAGUGAAAAGCCUGAAAAAACACAAAGUACAGAAAGUCCUUUAGAGUCAAGUCCUUCUGCUUCCACACACUCUUCUCCAGUACACAAACCAAACAGCGAAAACAGCACAACCACCACCCAUUCACCUACUCCUGAAGAGAUGGCUCCAAAUUCUCCUCAAGGGUAUACCAAGAAUGUUAAGCAAAGAGAAGUAAAAGGGAAAGGAAAAGAGGCCAAGGAAGAGAAAAAAAAUGAAGACAAAACAGUAGAAACAAAUGAAGGAACAUCAUCAGGGAAGUCCAAAAGGCGAUUUCCAGAUUUUGGUGGAUUACGGAAAUCUGGGGGCAAGGGCAAGAAACAAGAGAAAGAAAGUGUAAGAGGCUCUCUGGAUAGCAGAGGUUCUCGAGAACUGUUGGAUGAUUCUGGCAACAAUCUGUCUGCGUCAGACUCGGAUUCUCCUGUUCCCACUUGCAUGCCUUUCUCGUGGUUUGGAGACAGUCACAAAGAGCCUCAGGUUUCUAGUAGUAGUCUGCACUUUACUCAGAGUGGACAGGACAGUUGUGAACAUGGUCAAGACAAGAACAGAAGCAAGAGUAGAAUUGUCAUAGAUGAUACAUACCAUAGCAAGCCAAGUUGUGAACUUUCAGGGUUAGUGACAGAACCAAAUCUGUCAGGUCGUUCACACACUUUAACCUUCUCUUCAAAUGAGGUGUUAGAUGAUGAAUUCACAACAACAGGAAAGCAGAAUCAGUGGCACAGUAGACCUAUCUCUGAAUGGACCACACAGCAAGUCUGCCACUGGCUAAUGGGAAUGAACAUGGAGCAGUACAUUACAGAGUUCACAGCUAUGAACAUAGAUGGACAGCAGUUAAUGCAACUCGACAGUGAUAAGUUAAAGGCUUUGGGAGUUUCCAGUCAAAAUGACCGAUCAACAAUAAAGAAAAAAAUUAAGGAUAUUAGGAAAACACAAGAAAAACUGGAAAAACAGAAGGAAAAAGUUCAGAAGAAGGAGAGAGAAGUUCGCAAGACUGCCAGAGUGGUAACCACUCUUGAAUCCAGCUGCUAAUGUGACCCUGCCUCUAAUCGUAGUUCACACUAGUGUCAUUCUGAGGAAGUUCAGCAGAUUUGUAUAUAAUUGUACAAUUGAGGGGAGAAGGGAAAGUGCAACAGUUUAAUAUGGUAGGUUUGUUUUUUUGUUCAUUUGUUUUUUACUUUUUCAUUAUAGUCCCUCCCCAUUACAACCCAAUAAAAUGAAAUAUUUUCAGUAUUUUCAUUUCUAGUUGACUCUGCCUGUACUAAUAGUAAUUUAACUUCCUGCCUUAAGUAAUAUUUGUGCUUCUAAGACCUCAUAUGCCCUCUUAAUUGAAGUUUCUACACAUUUGUGGAAAGUAGAAUACUGUAUUUAAAAUCAUUCCAAUAUUAGUCAACUAGCAUUUAAUAGAGUUGAAUCUGGUAGAGGGACAAUAGAAAAAUCCUGCCAACAAAUUCAGUUUGUGACAGUCUGUUUAUCUGUUGCCACUGAAGAUGUAUAGAGAAAAGUGUCUAAAAAAAAAAAAAAAAAAAAAGAAAGAAAGAAAGAAAACAGUAAUGUCACAUUAAUUUAAGAAAACAUGUAUUUCAAAUUUAUGGAGUAUUUUCUUUAAAUUCAUGUAUUUCUGGGAUGAUUCAUUUUCACACUAAGUCCACUGUAGUAGCACGUUGUUUUUGAAUUCCAUGUGUUGCAAUUUACUGAGAAAAUAACAAAAAUAUUUUCACAAGCUACAUACACUAAUCAUAAUAUUAAUUUCUCUGUACACUACCUUUAUGAUAUUGGGACAAGGUUUAAACCUAUAAAUAAGAUCUUUUUUAACCUAUUUUUUCCUAAAUAAUACAUAGUUUUAUAGAUUUAUGCUACAAAUAAGAUCAAUUUGCAAUACAUGUAUUUCUCUUUUCUACUUGCUACAAGUUUUUUGCGGACCAAAUUUAUAUAUUUGCUAAUUUUAAACUUUACUGUUUUUCGAACUUAAAAUAUCAAGGGAAGAACUGUAGAAAAACUAUCACUGAAGCACUGGGUUUCUGCAUUGUAUUUAAAUAUGUUCAAUUGUAGACUACAGAUUAUUUCUCUUUAAAGGAGGAUUUGAUACGCCAUAUAGUUUAGAACAUGAAUUGGUGUUUUGAAUAUUUACUUAGUGUUUUGUAGAUACUAUAACAGCACUUCUUUAAUUAGAAUUAUUCCAGAAACAAAAUAUCAAUUCUACCAUAGAAUGGACUAGAACAAAACUUGUACCAUUUGUGUAUGUGGACCAAGUUCUCCUUUAAAUCUAUGGACUGUUUUUCAUUUUAAUUAAAUGAAUGAGCUUCA